AUGGAAAGCGAUCUCUCGGGAAUUUCCAAUGAAAAUCAAAUCUCGUGGUUUGGAUUCUCAGCAAUUUCGUUCAGCGAUUGUGUGUUCAACGCCUACGUCGACACAUGGAAAGAAGUAUGCAACGAAGAGUUCAAGCAUUCAUUGAAAAAUAUGACCGAUAGAGAUCGUCUUGUACUCCUCACGUUCCCAUUUACCGACAAAACUGUCGAAAAAUCGUUUAAAAUGAUGAAGAGAUACUGCGUCACCGAGAUCUUCAAAAUUCCAACCACGGUCACACUACCAGAAUGUAAAAAAAUGCUACUCGCUUCUACAAAAGAUACUAAAAAUCAAUCAAAAGCAGAAAAGGAAUUCGCAGCAAAGCUGGAAAGAAUUCGAUUGCUUCGUAUCAAAAUAUCCCAAAAACAAAACGAGAUCGAAUCGAUAAACGAAGCGACUGAAGUGUUGCAUAUUAUGGAGAAAGGUCAGGAACAUCUCAUUAAGCAGAGUAAAGUAGUUCCUAAGAGCCCGAAUCGCUUGAUGUCUCCUGUAUAA